UUCAAAGAGAAAGAUCUCAUUUUCAAUCUACAUUUAUCAUUUCUUAGUCAGAUGCAGUUCUUCUACUUCGUUUUGGUAUCUCUGUUGUGUUUUCUUUCAACCCAUUAAUGGUGUUGAUGUGAGAACAGUGGUGGGGUUGUUGAAUUUUCUGUUUCUGGGCAUUUCUGGUUUAUGGGUGUAGUGUUGAUUGAUAUUCACGAACUUGUAUUCUGUUUGUGUGUCAGUUGGAUUCAUUCUUGUGUUUUUUAUCGACAUUGAAUUUUAGUGUUGUUUGUUCGGAAUUCAGGGGAAAUUGAAUUUGGGUUUUUCUGCUAGUGUUGAAAUAUUGGAGUUUUGGGGUACAUUUCUACAAUUUCGAUCAGCUAUUAGCUAUACAUUUUAUAGUUUUGUGAGUUUAAGAAGGAAAUGAAAGAUGGUUUCUUGGCUGGAUAGGACUGUAGCAGCUUGUUGCCAACCUUCUGAUCGAUAUGUCGAUUUUAGCAGUGGUGAAGAUGGUGUUCUGGGAGGUGAAGAUUACCCAUUGCUAUGGUAUAGAGACCUUGAGAAACAUUCAUGUGGCGAGUUCUCUUUUGCUAUUGUACAGGCUAAUCAAGUAUGCGAAGAUUAUGGCCACGUUGAACCAGGUCGUGAAGGUACCUUUGUUGGGGUUUAUGACGGCCAUGGUGGCCUCGAUGCUUCAAGAUUUGCCUGUGAUAACCUUAGCCGGCAUUUAAUAAUGCUUGCUCGAGAAAAUGGAACAAUAGAUGAAGAAGUCCUUAAUAAUGCCUUUGCUGCAACUGAAGAUGGCUUCCUUUCUAUUGUGGAAAGGGAAUUUCAUAUUCUUGAUCCAGGAAUUGCAUCAAAGGGUUCCUGCUGUCUGGUUGGUGUUAUCUGGAAAAGGACGUUAUAUGUUGCUAACCUGGGGGACUCUAGAGCAGUAUUAGGUCAUACAGGAAGAUACAAUAGGAUUUCUGCUGAGCAAUUGACUAAUGAUCAUAAUGUCAGGAUCAAGGAGGUCAGGGAUGAACUGAGAGCUCUUCAUCCAGACGAUCCAAACAUUGUGAUUGGUUUCGGGGGAAGAACAUGGUGUAUUAAAGGCAUUAUAAAGGUAACUAGAGCAAUUGGAGAUGCAUCUAUGAAGAAGCCAGAAUUUGCUCAUGGUGUGAUGAAACCUUUUAGGGGGCCAGUAGUAAGAGCUGAUCCAUCUGUCUCUUCAAGAAACUUACAGCCAUGCGAUAGAUUUGUUAUAUUUGCUUCUGCUGGGCUGUGGGAUCUCUUAAGCAACGAAGAGGCUGUACAAAUUGUGCAUACCUACCCUAGACAGGGCAUAGCUAGAAGACUUGUUCUAUCAGCCCUGAAUGUGGCUGCACGUGCAAGAAAGUUGACGUGCGAUGACCUUAUGAAUUUUGACAAAGGUGUCAGGAGGGCCUUUCAUGAUGAUAUAACAGUCGUGGUCAUCUUUAUUGAUCACGAGAAGCUGAAUGACGAAUUAACUGUACCUGGCAUGUCAGUUCGAGGAUUUGUAGACACUCAUCGACCAACAGAUUUUAACAUUGAGCAAGAGGUUGCUACAGAGACCGAACACACAGCAAUCGAACCCACAGGGACUGAACCCACAGAGACUGAAGCCACAGGGACCGAACCCACAGAGACCGAAGCCACAGGGACUGAACCCACAGAGACUGAACACACAGUGACCGAACCCACAGAGACCGAAACCACAGAGACUGAACUCACUGAGACAGUAUAACAAGUUAUUGGCACUUGUUCUUUUCUAGGGAAGCCUGGAUCUCCCAUUUUGAUAUACAGUCCAGAUGAUCAGCAAGACUAUUAGGUUACCCAUAUCCAAAUGGUCAUCGGCAAAUUUUGAAUGUACAAACACUUGCUGAGGAAACUACCUCCUAUUGUUUGUUUACCACAAUAUAUUUCAAUGUAAGGCCAUAAAAGUUGGCAUUGUGAUCGAAAGAAAAAAAUACAUUCUGUUUCAAGAUGUAUACACAUUCUUGCCUUUAGAAGAUUUCAUGCUUGUUCUAAAAAUUGUGCCCUUGUCUAAAACUAUGCAAACAUGGAAUGAAAUUUGAUGAAAAUAAAUCUUUUUUCUAAAUUCUACAGAAGUGUUCGUAAUGAUCCCAACAGAUUUGAAAUAACAAAAUAUUUUUUGAGACGAUUUUCGAUUAUAUUGGUAACUGAAUUGAACUACAAACUAAGAUAAUAACGGAAAUAACAGAAAAUGGGGAAGUCGAAUAGUAGCUUCAUGGCUCGAUAGAUCUGCAGAAAUAGAAGAGAGAUGGAAUGAAAAAAUUGUAUAGAAGGAGAAAGAUUUUGGAGAAGAACAUACCGUGCA